AUGUGUGACUGUCAGGAUACUCGCCCCAGCAAAAUGCAGCGUAUUGAAGGUGAAGCCUCUGACGAUGUCAAGGAAAGCCAUGUCGCUGUAGACAGCAGCAGCGCUGUAUCCAAGCCGGCCCGUUCUGAGAACGCGGCUCUCCAGGGUGCCCAGCCAUUCUCUGCGUCACGUUACGCCGACUUCCUGAGCAAUGUGUCCAACUUCAAGAUCAUUGAGUCUACUCUGCGUGAGGGCGAACAGUUUGCGAAUGCCUUCUUCGACACGGAGACGAAGAUCAAGAUUGCCAAAGCUUUGGACAACUUUGGUGUCGAUUGCAUUGAGCUCACCUCGCCGGCCGCCUCGGAGCAGAGCCGCAAGGACUGCGAAGCCAUUUGCAAGCUUGGUCUGAAGGCCAAGGUCAUUACGCAUAUCCGUUGCCACAUGGAUGACGCCCGCAUCGCUGUCGAAACUGGUGUCGACGGUGUCGACGUGGUCAUGGGCACCUCCAAGUUCCUACGCGAAUACUCGCACGGAAAGGACAUGACAUACAUCACCAAGGCAGCUGUUGAGGUGAUCAACUUUGUAAAGAGCAAGGGUAUUGAAAUCCGUUUCUCCACGGAGGACUCGUUCCGUUCGGACCUGGUCGACCUGUUGAGCAUCUACCAGGUAGUCGACAAGGUGGGCGUGAACCGUGUGGGUAUUGCCGACACUGUGGGCGUGGCCAGCCCCCGUCAAGUGUACGACCUCGUGCGCACACUCCGUGGCGUGGUUGGCUGUGACAUUGAAUGCCACUUCCACAACGACACCGGUUGCGCUAUCGCCAACGCUUACACGGCCUUGGAGGCUGGUGCGACUCACGUCGAUACGUCUGUGCUUGGUAUCGGUGAACGCAACGGUAUUCCAAGCCUGGGUGGGUUUAUUGCUCGUAUGUACGCGGCCGACCGUGAGUUCGUGAUGAACAAGUACAACCUCAAGGCCCUGCGUGAGGUCGAGGACAUUGUCGCGGACGCUGUUCAGGUGCAGGUGCCCUUCAAUAACCCCGUUACUGGCUACUGUGCCUUCACACACAAAGCCGGCAUUCACGCCAAGGCCAUUCUUGCGAACCCUAGUACCUACGAGAUCAUCAAGCCUGAGGACUUCGGUAUGAGCCGCUACGUGUCGAUCGGUCACCGCCUGACGGGUUGGAAUGCUGUCAAGAGUCGUGCCCAGCAACUCGGUCUCGAUCUGACGGAUGAGCAGGUUAAGGCUGCCACCAACCGUAUUAAGGUCAUGGCGGAUAUCAAGGACCAAACCAUGGAAGAUGUGGAUGCGGUACUGCAUGUGUUCCACCGUGCCAUCCGGAAUGGCCAAGACGUGAGCCGCGACACUGUGUUCGACAAGCUGUUCGACCAACACGUUGCGUCACGGGGUCCGAGUGCCAUUACAGAGGAUGGUGAAAACUAA